AUGAUCCAUAAGAUACAGGCUGACGAAGUUGUUGCUCUCGAUACCAACCGUCCGGUGUACUUUGCUCACGGCGAUGGCAACGUUCCGGCAACCGAGAGGUUCAAGCUAUACGGGAACGGUGAGGGCGGCAGAGCGGACGGCCACGGAAGCUUAGAACAGCAAGAGCUCGUAUAA